CUGCCGGCGCCCGCACCGACCCGCAGACCCGCCGACCCGCCGACCCGUCCAGCGCCGCCCUCCAGGUCCCGCCUCGUCGCCCGGGACCCGAGAGGGGCCGAAGAGAGAAAAUAGAAGAAAGCGAGGAGGGGGGGGGGCAGGAGGAGCCCCCCCCGGCCGCCCCCUCCGCCCGAGCCAGCCCCGACCUCACCAUGGACGCCCCGGCCUGAAGAUGUCUCUGCGGAACUACGACCUGGUGAGAGACUUCGUCUCCUACAAGCUGGCCCAGCGCGGGCACGACUGGAGCCGGCUGGUCGACCCGGAGGCCCCGGACACGGGGGCCGAGGGGGCCGAGGGGGGCCGGGCGGCCCCGGCGGCGGCGGAGGACGACGACGAGGCCGUGAGGCGGACCCUGAGGGAGGCCGGGGACGAGUUCGAGGUGAGGUACCGGCGGGCGUUCAGCGACCUGGCCUGGCAGCUGCACAUCACCCCGGCCACGGCCUACCAGAGCUUCGAGCAGGUGGUCAACGAGCUCUUCCGCGACGGCGUCAACUGGGGCCGCGUGGUGGCCUUCUUCGCCUUCGGCGGGGCCCUCUGCGUGGAGAGCGCCGACAAGGAGAUGGGCCCCCUCGUCGGACGCGUCGGGAGCUGGAUGGCCACCUACCUCGACCGCCGCCUCGACCCCUGGAUCCGAGACAACGGAGGCUGGGACACGUUCGUGGAGCUCUACGGCAACGACGCGGCCGCCCAGAGCCGGAAGGACCAAGAACGCUUCAACCGCUGGCUGCUCACCGGCCUCACCGUGGCCGCCGUCCUGCUGCUCGGCUCCCUGUUCACCCGCAAGUGACCCCGGACCCCGGACCCCGACACCCUGCCUGCAAAUGAGAACGCCCCCCGCCCCGCUGCAGAUGUCAAAUAAAGAAACCGGGCGGCUCUCCCCUCGGGGAGGGACGACCGGGCCACCCGGCCGCUCUCCCCUCGGGGUGGGAGUCGUUAGCCCGGUGGCUCUCCCCUCGGGGAGGGACGACCCGGCCCCUCAGCUCUCCCCUCGGGGAGGGACACACGUUAGCCCAGCAGCUCUCCCCUCGGGGAGGGUCAUCCUGGCCCGGCAGCUCUCCCCUCGGGGAGGGACAUGUCAACCCGGCAACUCUCCCCUCCGGGAGGGACAAUCCACCCCCUCAGCUCUCCCCUCAGGGAGGGUCACCCCAGCCCAGUGGCUCUCCCCUCGGGGAGGGACACAUUAGCCCGUCAGCUCUCCCCUCGGGGUGGGUCACCCCGGCCCAUCGGCUCUCCCCUCGGGGAGGGACACCCCGACCCAUCGGCUCUCCCCUCGGGGAGGGGCACCCCGGCCUAGAGGCUCUUCCCUCGGGGAGGGACACGUUAGCCCGUCAGCUCUCCCCUCGGGGAGGGUCACCCCGACCCAUCAACUCUCCCCUCGGGGAGGGACACCCCGACUCAUCAGCUCUCCCCUCGGGGAGGGACACCCCGACCCAUCAGCUCUCCCCUCGGGGAGGGUCACCCCGGCCCGUCAGCUCUCCCCUCGGGGUGGGUCACCCCGGCCCAUCGGCUCUCCCCUCGGGGAGGGACACCCCGACCCAUCGGCUCUCCCCUCGGGGAGGGGCACCCCGGCCUAGAGGCUCUUCCCUCGGGGAGGGACACGUUAGCCCGUCAGCUCUCCCCUCGGGGAGGGUCACCCCGACCCAUCAACUCUCCCCUCGGGGAGGGACACCCCGACCCAUCAGCUCUCCCCUCAGGGAGGGUCACCCCGGCCCGUCAGCUCUCCCCUCGGGGUGGGUCACCCCGGCCCAUCGGCUCUCCCCUCGGGGAGGGACACCCCGACCCAUCGGCUCUCCCCUCGGGGAGGGGCACCCCGGCCUAGAGGCUCUUCCCUCGGGGAGGGACACGUUAGCCCGUCAGCUCUCCCCUCGGGGAGGGUCACCCCGACCCAUCAACUCUCCCCUCGGGGAGGGACACCCCGACCCAUCGGCUCUCCCCUCGGGGAGGGACACCCCGACCCAUCAGCUCUCCCCUCAGGGAGGGUCACCCCGGCCCGUCAGCUCUCCCCUCGGGGAGGGUCACCUCGACCCAGCAUCUGUCCCCUCCGGGAUGGACACGUUAGUCUGGUAGCUGUCCCCUCGGGGAGGGACUCUCCGCCUAGCCGCUUUCCCCUCGGGGAGAGACUCUCCCCUCAGGGAGGAGGGUCACCCCGACCCGUAAGCUCUCCCCUAAGGGAGGGACAUCCCGGUCCAGCAGCUCUCCCCUCUAGGGUGGACACGUUAGUCUGUCAGCUCUCCCCUCGGGGAGGGACACGCCGACCCUUCGGCUCUCCCCUCGGGGAAGGACAUCCCUGGCCGGACAGCUCUCCCCUCAGGGAGGGCCCCGUUAACCCGGCAGCUCUCCCCUCCGAAAGGGACACCCCGACCCGUCAGCUCUCCCCUCGGGCAGGGAGAGCCCCCGUGCCGGGGCGGGGGGCUCCACGCCCCCAGACAAGCUGACCGGCAGCCUCAGAGAUGAUUAAAAGGAUCUUUAAGGCUCGUGUCCCUGGAAAAAGAAUAAACCAGCUUUGUUUUC